GACAUCAGAACGGACAGGCGGCAGCGGAAUCCCGGGAGAGGAGCGCGAAAAGAAAUCAGCAACAAAACAACAAGUGACGACUCCUAGGCUAACAUUAGACACCAACUCACACACAGCAACCAAAACAACAAAAACAACAAAAACAAGAAGAAGAAGCGCACGGUGCAGGCAGCGGGCUCUGUGCAUGACACUUUCAGCCGCUUUGAGUGUGACGUGUCGAGGCAGGGGAAACUGGAAUCCCCUGCUCACUCUGCAACUGCAAGUAUUUCUGAUCGCUCUCACUGCUCACAGCCGACCGUGUUCUGAGUGACCAUGAUUGGGUACCACAAUGCCUCAAGUGCCCUUACCCUCCUAGUUCUCCUGACAGGGGUGUCCCUCCUCCACCUGUCCACCCCCAAUCCCAUCAAUGCCCCUGGAGAUGUCAAUUACCCACACAGAGAUACUCCUCCUACAAAGGAUCCGGAGACAGGAUCAAUACAGAAAGAAGAGGCAGAGGAAGAAGAGGAGCUGUUUAAGGAUGUGGAUCCCAAAACACUAGCGGCCGUUUUACUUGAGGCACUGAAUCACUCGUGGGUAGGGGAAAGGAGGGAGGGAAGGGAGCGCAACGAUGAGAUGAAGGAUGGAGAAGAAAUGAAGGCUGAGACGGAGGAGGCUUCAAGAGAAGAAGCUUACAGAGGAGUGAGAACGAUGGAGAUGGAAGGAGCAAACAGAGACAGAGAUGGCCGACAGGAGCUGGAGCUGCUGAUGGCCGCGCAGGGGAAGGAGCGGGAAAGAGAGGAAGAAGAGGAGAUGAAGAGAGCUCAGGAGGAAGAGGAGAAGAUGACAGAAAAGGUGACCAGUCGUACCACGAGUCAAACAGUCCUGGUCCAAAGAGAGCGGCAACCCGCUGGUUUAGACGGAAGAGGGGACAACGGGCAGAGUGCCGCCGCCCCAAACAUACCAGGACAAGGUAGCAAUGAAGAGGAGGAGCAGCUCAGCCCCGAGGAGCUGAUGAACCUCGAGACCAUGAUGAAGGAGUUCCCUCGUUUAAACGCCGCUACUAAGAGGGACGGCGAUUCGGAGCGGAACCAGAGAGAGAGCCGAGGCUACAGCAGCUACAACGACGUCGUGCCGAUCGGCAAAGGCACCGACCUCGCCAUGACUAAGAAGAAACUGAAAUGGCAAGAGGAGACACAGAAAGGCCUGAACUUCCCAACAUUCAGGGGAGGCAACUUCAUGGACGACUUUGAUCAUAACGACAACUAUGCUGGCGGUAACGCAGUGCAACCCCAACUUCCGACAGAGCAGGAAGCGAUGGAAGAUGACGAACCCGCGGAGGAGGAAGAGGAGGUGUUGAGUCCCGAGGAAGAAGAAGCUCGGGCUAAAGUGGAGCAGGAGGAGAUGAGGAGGCAGGCGGCCGAGGCCCAGAGAGCCAAGAUGGAGGAGGAGAAGUUGGCCGACAUUGCCUCGGACAUGCUGCUGCGCUACAUGGUCAAACAGAACAACGGGAACAGGAAGUAUAGCGCGUCUCUGUCCAAUGCCGCCGAGGACAAGCGGUCCGACGAGGAACAGGAAGUGACGGAGGAGGAUGACAUCGACCCCCAGACCAUCGACAAGCUGAUUGAGAUCUCCAACAAGCUCCACCUCCCCGCCGACGACGUGGUGGACAUCAUCAGUGACGUGGAGAAGAAGAAGAAGAAAGACGUGCCGCCUGAGACGGCGUCUCGUUGGCAACGGCCUCCGACGCCACUGUCGUCUCCUUUCUUGUCGACCAAAGGUUUCUCUGCGUCGCAGACGCCAACCAGUCAAAAUGGCUUCCCCGUCUCUAAGCAACCCUCUCCAGCUGUCAAUCUCCUCAAAACAUGGUUGCAGGAGAAAUCGCAAACCAAAUCGCAGGAUCUUUGGAACAAACCUUCAAAGCCUUGGUCAGCCAGUCCAAAUCGCUGGCCCAAACCUCAGAAGCCUCUGUCAAUCAAGCAGGACCUCUGGCGCAAAUCCCCCAAGUCUGUUUGGACUGGAUACCCUUUGUACCCCUACAAAUACCCAUCCUACUACCAGAGGAAGCUGUACCCAGACUACUACCCGAUCUAUUAUCCUCCUCCACCCAGACCCAAACCCCGUUACUACAUCCCCAACAACUUCCUGGGAAAUUCCGUGGAUGACACCUACUCCUUGCCUCCCAGGCGCCGUUACCACAGCUGGGUCCAACCUCGGCUGAGACACCCCCCCGCCGGCCUCCAGCAGAGGCCGUACUACGCCAGCUACCGCUUUCAGCCACUACCCAUCCCCAAACCUCGUUCUUCCCCUCCCCGAAUGCCUGUGAUCCCUCCACAACAGAAGUUCUAUUACUCAGUCCCGGCAGCACCCGCCGUGACGAGAAAUGAAGAUUACAACUCUGCUGGAAAGCAGCCGGACAGCAGCAAGCAUGACGAUCUGGAGAAAUACAUUCAGCAGAUACUCAUGAAGGGACAAAUGUUGGAAUGAUAAGGGGAGAGGAAAGCGAGAAUAGGGGAAAUUGUAUUUAGGAGAAAUGGGCAGAAAAGUAUUUCUUCAUGAAUUUGUUUUGCUGGUAUUUGGUUUUGUUUAAUGUAACAAGUUUCUUCCUCCCGUUUUGAUUGGUUGUGAUGUGGACAUGGACAUUCAGGAAGACUUUUUAUCCAGCUGUAGACUGGAUAAAAUGUACUAUGGUUGGAAAAUGACAGAAAAGACACAGAUCUACACUCCUCUGUGAAGGAGGGGAAACUGGAUGAAUGCAUCUGUUGGAAAGCAUGAUGCGGCAAUGUUUUGUGUCAUGCUAGAACUUUUGAUCCAAACUUCCGGCAUGACAACAUUCUCCAUUGGGACAUUUGACAAUGCCAACAAAGGAGGACGCUUGAAUAUGUUGUUACCUGAUCUUUAAAAAAUACAUUUUUCAGAGUCAGAGGGUCGGAUCAAUAGUAGGCAGUGAUAGAUGCUUGGAAAUGUGUGAUGACUAUCUGUGUAAUUAUCCCAGGCAGGGGAAUUUGACAACUUUUUUCAUGAACAAUCUUUCUGAAAUUACCUCCACUAAAUGGCCCAAACUAUGUGGACGCCAAACAUUCCAGCCAUGUGAUUUAGACACAAGAGCAUUGAUGACAUCCAACCAAAGGGCCAAAAACAAACUGUUGAUGGGAGGCGGGACUCUUACUGUUAUUUAGAAUAUCAUUGUGUCCUAGAACUUUGAUAUUUCCCUUCUUUGACACUAAAGGGAAAAGCCCAAACCAGGAAAAAACGUCCCCAGACCGCAGAGCGUCUCUAUACUUUUGGCCAUAUAGUGCAUGAACUGACACAUCUAUCAUCUGUCAGUGAUGAAAUCCAAAUCACACAUAUUCUUGGAAUGACCUCAUGUCAUCAAAUACAUUUUUAUGCAGAUGCAUAAUUUUGGUGUUAUUUGUAUAAAAAUGCAGCGAAAGCAUUUCCGCAGUACAGCACCUUCUCGUUAUGUAUACUCACACAUAGCCACCAAAGCGCUUUAUGAUGAAAUAUAAGGCUCCGAAAAGCAUAUUUCAUACAAAGGGCUGUGGAAGCCACACUUACACCACUAUAAUGGCUUGGAUGACUCAUCCUUUUGCAUAACUUCAAUUACCUUGUUGCUAUGGUGCCAAACCCUGGCCGAACUCUAUAUGGCAUUCUUUUGAUGCAUUUAGAGGAGAAUACAGUGGUGGAGGCAUACUGCUCUUUUACUAAACACAUGCAUUUUAAAGGAUAAGGCUGGUGUCAUUCUCUUUUUUUAUUCUACAUCACCAAUGUAUUUAAUACUUUGUGACUUCCCUACCUUGUCUGUAGCACUCAGUUAAGUUUUAUUCAGUUUUAUAGUCAGUUUUAUUUAUGAUAUAGAAAAUCACCAACCUUAUCCUUUGAAGACACCCUCCAUGGUUUUGUUAUAGCACAAAGUGCCCCUGAAUCCAAAAGUUCCUUUCAGCUCAAUAAAGACCAUUAAGUGCCAUUGUAGUAUUCAACAUUUAGUUUUCAUUGAUCAUUAUGGACUUAAAGUUUAUUUUGAAACAUAUUCUUUUUCUUGUUUAAUUUAAAUUGUUGCACAACCAUUGAUCAUACAUUUCAUACUCUGAGCUGAAAUCGGCUGCCUUACAUGUCACUGUGACAUUGCGCUUCAUGUUUGUUUUUUUUUCAUUUGUUUUUUAUUAUUUUUAUUUUGAUACCAUUUGAUAUUAUCCAUGAGAUCAAGGCUGUAAUCACUUUUGUAAGAGAUAAUGGGAAUGAUUCUCUGGAACUGAUUCUACUGGAGAUGGGAUCAGUUUGCUCAUAUUCAGGUCAAAUUAAGUUGAAUUUCGCAAUUUUGAAAACAUGAAAGGAUUUUUAAUUGCUUGGAUUGGAUAGCAGUGUUGUAAAAAAAUGUUUUUACCACUGAGAUUUCCUCUCUUUACUUGGAUGGCUACUGAUAAUCAGUAAACAAUAAACUCUUCCUUUUCUCCCCAUUCACCUCUUUUGAAAAUGCUUCACUGGGAACAAAAGCAGAUGCUGCUCUUUGGUUUAUCUGUGUCGUUGACCUUUGUUGCAAUCGGUUGCGAAGGGAUGAGCAAAUCUCAACACCUUUGUUGCCAAGCCAAAAUAGAACCACGGCAUCACCAAUCUCACACUGAAACCAUGAGGCCAAAGGAGAGUGAACUGAAUCGAGGAGAUGGGAGUAAAAACAAAGCUUUUUGUAUUUGUUAAUGAUUCGUUGUUUUUUUUAUACGAUUAAGAAGGAUGUGGCAGAUUGAUAAAGGAACCGGGAGAAAUAAGGGGCUAUGAAGAUAUGAAGCGACAGACCAGCGGGUAAAAGUGUCUGCACGUUUAUGUAUACUUGCAUCUAAAAAUUGCUUCUUUGAAGAUGUAAAAGCAUCAAUUAAAAGAGCAUAAAAAAAAAAUAUUUAAAGAUGACAGAAACAAUGACGUCGGUGUACCUUAAAAAUCAUUGUUUGAGUCAUGUAUGCGGCAAGUGUUGUCUAUGGUAUUUCUAGAUGUACCUUGUUGUAACCAUCGUAAUAAACAUGCGUUUGCUGGAUGUAAAUAUGCGCAUGUCAAUGGCUACUUUUGCUACCCAUGAGGAAACAAUAAAGUCAACUAUUUUUAUUACAAAAAUG